GGUGUGAUUGAUUUCAUUAUAGUUUUACCAUCCAAUACUUAACAAGCAAGUUGUCAUGCAUUUGCCAUUCUACUCUUCCUUCAGUUGCAUGAAUCUUGUAACAACUGACAUGGAUAUAUUAUAAUUGUCUAAUUUAAUUGAAUUUUUAAUUUUAUUCAGCUCCAAGCCCGAGUCAUCAGGAAAUGAUGCUGAUGCUGAUUCAGUACCUUCCUUGGAACCUCUGCCUGAGUCUACUACUGUUGUGUCUUCCAAUGUGGACCAGGGUCCAAGUACUAGUAAAGCUGGAAAUCCCGAAGAAAGUGUAGUUAACAUCACUAAAGCACCGAAGUACAAGUGUAAGGUGACAACAAUACUUUCCUGGAAAACGGACUGGGAUUGGAUAGGAUUCCAGGAAAAAGACGGGUAUGUUACACUGGUAUGGUGCGAAGUUUGUAAGGCCUACUAUAGUGAAGGUGGAAAAAAGCAGUUUACACCAAGGACAGUCACAAUUAUGCGAAUUGGAAGCAUAUAUAAAGGGGACUGCGAAUGUGAAAAAAGAUACUGCCCGGACCCACAAUGCUAGCAAGCUGCAUCGAGAUGCGAUUAAGGCGACCAAGGCCACCAAAGAGAUGCCUGUUAUUUACAGGCACCUUAAAAAAAUGGACAAAGAGACAUUUACAAGAAUGUGUCACCUUUUUGAUUGGGCAUACACAGUCGCACACUCAGAACUUUGUUUUACAAACUUUCCAGUCUUAAUUAGUGUAGAAAAAAAAACAUGGAGUCAACCUUGGUAACACUUAUGCCAAUGACAAGGCAUGCCGAACCUUUGUUGAUGAAAUUGGUGAAACGAUGGCAGACGACUUGAAGCAUCUGUUUUCCACGGAACCCUUCUACUGUUCAAUCCUGUUUGAUGGCAGCACUGACAAGAGCCUCUCGGAAAAAGAAGUAAUUAGUGUUAAGUUGCUUGAGGACGGACUGCCUAGGUUCAAACUUCUUGGAAUUACAGAACCUGGUCAAUGUACUGCUGAGGGCAUAUACAAUGCAAUUACUGCAAAGACUCGAGAAAUGCAGCUUGACAUCAAGACAUGCUGUGUUGCAACAGCAGCUGAUGGAGCUUCAGUUAAUUUUGGGAAAGAAUCUGGUGUACUGGUUCGACUGAAGAAAACAAUGCCAUGGCUUAUAAUGAUACACUGCAUUGCACAUCGUCUUGAGUUGGCCCUGAAAGAUUCAUUCAAGGGUUCAUUUUAUGAACUUGAGAUAGAUAAUCUGAUGAUGCAUCUAUAUUAUAUGUACCGGCGAUCUGUCAAGAAAUGGCACGAGCUUCAGAGAACAGCUGAGACAUUUGGUGAAUAUGUAGUGAAACCAUCACGAUCUCAGGGCACCAGAUGGAUAGAUCAUCGCAGAAAGGCAUUAACAGCCCUGAUCCAGGAUUACCGCUGCAUUGUAACACAACUCCAAGAGCAAGGAUCCGAAUUGCGAAAAGACAUCCCAGCAGGAGACCGUGCAAAAAAUGAGAGGAUAUUCCAAACUCAUGACCUCACACCGCUUCGUACUAUACUUAGCUUCCUACCAGGAUCUUGUGGAAGACCUGGCAGAAUUGUCGCUCUCACUCCAAGAUGA